CCCAGAGCACUUCACUCACUCCCCACUACUCACCCUCCACCCGCUCACCUCCCAGCACAGAAGCCCAACAUGGCCGACACCUGCUGCUCCAGGACUUACGUUAUUGCCGCCUCCACUCUGUCCGUCUGCUCCAGCGACCUGAACUGUGGCAGCCGGGUCUGCUCACCCAGUGCUUGCCCCGGCUCCUCCUGGCUGGUGGACAAUGGCCAGGAGAGCUGCUGCGAGCCCCCGUGCUGUACCUCCAGCUGCUGCGAGCCCCCAUGCUGCUGCGUGCCUGUCUCCUGCACCCCCGUCUGCUGCAAGCCCGUGUGCUGUGUCUCUGUCUGCUCUGGGGCCUCCCCCUGCUCAGACUCCUCAUGCUGCCAGCAGUCUAGCUGCCAGCCCUCCUGCUGUGCCUCCUCCCCCUGCCAGCAGGCCUGCUGCAUUCCUGUCUCCUGCACACCCGUCUGCUGCAAGCCAGUGUGCUGUGUGCCCAUCUGCUCUGGGGCCUCCCCCUACUCAGACACCUCGUGCUGCCAGCAGUCUAGCUGCCAGCCCUCCCUCUGCGCCUCCUCCCCCUGCCAGCAGGCCUGCUGCGUGCCCGUCUGCCGCACACUCAUUUGCUCCAAGGCCACCCUCUGCCCAGCCCCCUCGUGCUGCCAGCCCAGCCCCUGCCCCCCGUCCUGCUGCAAACCCUCCUCCUGCGUGUCCCUCAUCUGCCGCCCCGUGGGCAGGCCCGCCUGCUGUGUGCCGGUCCCCUCCUGCUGCAGCCCUGCCUCCUGCCAGCCCAGCUGCUGCCGCCCGGCCUCCUGCGUGUCCUUGCUCUGUCGCCCCGCGUGCUCCCACGUGGCCCGCUGCGGCACCACCCCAGCCCAGAAAACCUGCUGCUGACCGGGCACAUCCCCUGGGCUAGCCAGGCUCCAGGGAUCCUCCUCCCCUCCAGCCCCUGGAAGCCCCUGAUCUCCCAGCCUCCUUGGCCCACCCCACCCAGGUGUCUCUCAGCACAGAGGAAAGACCAGCCCCGCCUGCCCCAGUCCAGCCCAGGUGUGGGGCCUAAAAUGCUCAUGGAGCUCCUCUCCUGACCUUGAUCCAUGGGCACCCUGGCCACUCUACACUGUGCUUCUUUGCUCCAAGCCACCUCCCUCCUCUGGUCAGGGCUGGGCCCUUCCUGACCCUGGUCGUGCACCGAGCAAUGUCCCUCUUAACCUCUGAGCACCAAUAAAAAUUCUGCUCCCCUCA